GAUUUCUGUCGCAUACACACACACACACACCGAAGAAGGCAUUUAGUCAAUAACAGUGGGGCAAUCGUCCUCAUAUGUGUAAUUGAGCAUUAUUAAUCGUCGCACAGAGAUGGUGCUGUCCUCCUCGCAGCAGCUCGUUAUGGCGUUCACGGCGGUGCUGCUGGUGUUUGUGUUGUUCCCGCGGAUGUUCGGCGGCGGAGGAAGCAGAGACGGUCAGCCGUUCGAUCCGCGGAUCAGCAGGAGAGGUCCUGGUCCCGGUCCCAGUCUUGGUCCUGGGAGUGUGAAAAGUCAGCAGCAGUUCCACGGGAACGCGGCGCCUCAGAUGUCUCAGAACGUGGAGAACAUGCAGCAGAUGAAGAAUCUCAUGGAGCAGGAGCUGAAGAGCGACAAAUAUAAAUCCAACAACAAUAAGGGCUACGUCUUCACCCUCAUGCCCAUCUACGCCAUCGGUGUCGGGCUCUUCGCCGCGUAUAAGUUUCUAAAGAUAAAGUCUGCAAGUGAUUCUGAAGCCCAAAAAGCCAAAACAGCUCGAGGAGUGAAGAAAUCAGGGGAGACAGAGAAUCAGCUGAAUGAGCUGGAGCAGAGACUGGCUCAGACCGAGAAGAUGCUCAACUCCAUCCUGACUCAGCUGGACCCGCUUACCAACUGUGUGAAGUCUGUUGCCAUGGAGCAGAAGAGCGAGAUCAUGUCGCAGCUGCAGUGCAUUCGGCAGCUAAUGAAGAAGAGAGGCAUGGAGUGUCCAAACAUCAGGAUAGAAGAGCCGACAUGUGAGCGCAACCUAGACAAACUCAUCGAGACUUUGGCCGCAGCCGAGACGCUUCCAGAAGCUCAGGUGGAAUCACAAACACACGCUGGAACGCAGCCACAUGAUCACCGAGAGCUCAGGCCUGAGUCUGAGGGAGAGGAGGAGCUGGAAGAGGACGAGGAGGAGAACAAACUUGCACCGAGAGAGGAAGACGUGGGAAGCGAGAGUGACUCUAGUAUGCCGUCCCUCGAGGACUCGGCAGACGUCGGUGUAGAUGAUGUUACAGUCGCUCAGAAUAGUCCAGAAGAUCUGAUGGCUGGAUUACGAAGACGCAACAGGCCAGAGUAACUGUGACGAAAAUCGGACACAAAUCUAUUUAUUUAUUUAUAUUAUUCCUUGUAAUGAAGCAGUCAGCACUACUUACUGGUUUCAAUGCCUACGUCUACAUAUUUUACUGCAUUUGAAGUUAACUUGAAAUCAACAUUUUUUUUAUAGUAAUGUUUAUAAAAUAAGUCUCUUAUGCUCACCAUGGCUGCUUUUAUUUGAUCAAAAAUACAAUAAAAAUUGUGAAAUAUUAUUGCAAUAUAAAAUAGCUGUUUUCCGCGUGAAUAUAUUGUAAAAUGUUUUUUAUUCCUGUGAUGCAAAGUUGAAUUUUCAUUUUAUUUUAUUUUAUUUAUUUAUUUAUUUUUUAUCUUACUUGCCCUAAACUUUAGCAUUGUAGGUUAUUACUGUUUCCACAAAAUAUUAAGCAGCAGAAAUUCAGCUUUGCAUCAAAGGAAUAAAUUACAUUUUAAAAUAUAUUCAUAUAGAAAACUGUUAUUUUAUAUUGUAAUAAUAUUAAACAAUGUUUCUUUCUAUUACACAAGAUUUUUUUUAAUCAAAUAAUUAAUCAGUGAGGUUAUUCCAAAGCAGAAAAUAUUUGUCGUCUUAAUUUUUUUAUCACAAUGUAAUAACUUGCCCCGCCUCUAAAAUGACUUUCCUGUUUGCUGACAUCAAGGCCAUGUGGGCGGGGAAAAUAUCAUCAAGAAAUAGCCAAUUAACCAUUUAGUCAUUAGUUCAGGAAUCCUUAGCCAGCCUUUCUGAAAUCUAUAAUUUUUUUUAAUGAAAGUUACGUCAAUAAUAACAAAUAAUGACGUACAGAAGAAAAAAUAUCACAUUAUUGAAGUGAAACUAGAUGUGAAUGUCAUGUCAUGUUGACUUGUAAGUGUUCUCUGUCUUUUUUUUUGUUUGAGUCAGUCAUAAUCACAGGUAUGUCAGUAUGCACCUGCAGAAGUGGCUUAAUUUCCCUCUGUGAUUCGGGGAGGCUAGAGGAACGGUUCCAAGGCAGCUAGCGGUGUUUUGCAGAUCGUGUGUCAUUUGCAUGUUUGCCGUGUCCUGCGGAGGAGGUUUAACACAGCUGCAUGAUUCUGGUAUGACAAUCAUAUGCUAUGAAGCUUUUCAGAUGUGAGGACCUCAAACGGGAGGUCUUUAGAGAGGCGUUACAGCUUUGAGCUUUAGUUUUUAAAACUUUCUUUUUUAACUUGAAUGGAAUACCAAACACUAAAUGUGAUCAUACACGAGAUGAUAUUCAUGCACGUUGCUUUCUGUGCCACUUUUUUCAAAUUUAGUGUUUUUAUAAAUCUGCUUUUCAAAGCCUGAUGUUUCAUGUUACAGAUUUUUGUUACUUCUUUUGUUUCAUCAUUUUGCCAAUCAUAUUUUGAGAAUAUAAAGAAAAAAAUAUGAAUGUUCCAAAGUAGUGUUGAUUCCUAAAUCAAAAUGUUCAGUAAUAUUUUUGGUGACUGUUUCAAACCAACAAUUGCUGCUGUGUUUUAGGCAUCAUUUUAAAAACAUGCAACUGGUCCUAUUAGAAACAUAUUUUGUUGCAUGUCCUUUGAAUGAUGUGAUUUAGCAUUUGGAGAUCAUUGGAUGUGAUUGGCAUGUGAUCAGACUCUGUACAUCCCGUGCUCAUUGUUUUUUGCCUUGUAUUUGGUGUGGUUUAGAUGAAUAAUAUAUUUAUUAUGAACAACUUUUGAAAGCCUUAAAUAAACUCCAAAAAUAAAAUACAUG